AUGGCUUCUACACGACAAUUUCCGACUUCAGGUUUCACUGUUCUGGAUCCCUCUAGGGACUUCGAGGAAGAAACACUACCUGGCUAUGUGAAGGAACGCUACUAUCCCGUUCGCAUCGGCGAAGUUUUCCGGUCUCGCUAUCAGGUCGUGACAAAACUGGGCUUUGGCUCAUCCUCAACAGUAUGGCUAUGUCGAGAUUUAUCUGAUGGACAGUUUCUCGUUCUAAAGGUUCAUGUCCGUACAAUGCGGCAGCCGUCAGAAGUGCAGAUUUCGGAUCACUUGAAGACAGUCCACGAUGCUCAGAGCGUUGGGAGAUAUGUACGACUUGUUCUUGACUCAUUCCAAGUCCCUGGACCGCAUGGCGUCCACCCGUGUAUUAUCUAUGAGCCUGCCGGAAUCGAUAUUCGUGAUUACAUACAUUGCCUAGAAGGUGAUGCUUUAACAGAGGAACUUCUUCGCCCCGCUCUUCGAUUUGUACUUAUUGCUCUGAAUUAUCUCCAUCAGCCUCAAGUCAUCCAUACAGGCUUAUGUUUUAUCUCAGAUGUUCAACCAAAUAACAUUCUUUUGGGUAUUGACGAUGAAACGGUCUUUGCUUACAUGGAGGAAGACGAAAUGACCAAACCGGCACCUCGAAAAGUUCUUGAUGAUCGCACGAUUUAUGCUACACGUGCUAUGCCUCUGACGAGCGGAGAGCCGAUCCUUGCUGAUCUUGGAGAAGCGCGACUGGCUGAGGAGAAACAAACCGGUCUCAUAAUGCCAGACGUGUAUAGAGCGCCAGAAGUCAUGCUUGGCAUGGACUGGGAUAGUAAGGUAGACAUAUGGGCAAUAGGUCAGACUGCAUGGACGCUGUUUGAGCAAGGACACCUUUUCAGGAGCCAAAACCUGGACACUCAAAGCGGCCAAGCUCGACGUUUUGCGGAAAUGGUUUCGCUUUUGGGGCCACCUCCUGUUGAAUUUCUUAGGCGUAGUAAACAGAGCCUUCAUUUCUGGGAUGAGGAUGGUAAUUGGAAGAGCUCCGAAGAGAUUCCUCAACAGUCUUUAGAAAGCCGUGAGUCUCGACUACAAGGCGAUAAUCAGAGGCUUUUCCUCGAGUUUCUACGGAAAACUUUGAGUUGGUUGCCUGAGGAAAGACCAACUGCAAAACAGCUCUUGUUGGAUGAGUGGUUAAGAGGAGAUGAUUAUUAA